AAUCUGAUCUCAAAGGCCAUAGUAGCCGAGGUAAUUCUAGCAACCCUAGCCGAGGUGGACGACGUUUUGCAGACGACGCUCACCGAGCAAGCUUUCCGACACCGCGGGCGUUUCCAGAGAACGUGUCAAAGCUCCCUAACCUAUUCAACAAUCAAAAUUUGUUGCGAACACUCCAUAGUGACGUGUUUUCCAGCUCCCGUCGAAUUUGUUUCAUUAUCUGCGCUGUCAGACCGAGCAAGUAGCAUCCAUGGCGCAGUGCCGUGAAAGUGUUUUAAGAAUACACUGAAACCGCCCACUGGAAACUGGCGCUGGACCGAAAAAGCUGGCGCACGCAACAGGCCCAUCGUGGUAUAUCUUGGCUGGCGAGCUGACUUGGUGGCGACGCAAGAACGAGCCGGAGCGAUGGUUGCCUCGGUUGUUUUUUGUCACUGUAGCUAGUCGCUGGGCUAAGGUAACGCUAAGGUGUCACGUACCAUGGAUCAGCAAGGAUGCUACUCGAAUCUGGCGAAGCUCCGGCAAGAGCUGUAUGCCGACUCUGGCAAUGAAGCGAUCACUGUUGGACUCCACUACUCGGACGUCGUCAAGGUUCUUGUAGACGAUCAUCAGGACGAAGGCUGUCAACUUGCACUGUUGGUAAUGCUUCAGGAUGCAGGAAGCUGCUAUCAGUCAAAAAAACCGGCCUACGACGCAGUGGAGUCGCUGAAAAGUGCUUUUGGUGCCUUGAAAAGAACAAAUAGGUAUAAUGUUCAAAGCCAGACUUUAAUCACCAUGACGACCAUUAUUCUGUCUCAUCAAUCUGCGGAUUAUGCCCAGUUAUGUGAACUCGUGGAACUUCUUGUUGAGAACGUUGUUCAAGUGAAGCGAAACCAUCCAUUGGUUCGAGCAGCUGGCUGCAGCUGUCUCAGGGAAAUCGAGAUAUUCCAUCCGGGUUUUCUAGCAAAGCAGAUGGAGCAGCUUUGGGGAACAUUUGGGAAAGACUACAGUUGGGCAUGCCAAGCUUUGGCACAGCUUCUGGCAGUUGGGACAACAGCCCUCAACACACCGACGCAGGGGACAGCCUCUGAUGAACCAGCAAGAAGUUUACAUGAAGUAUCCACAUUAAUAGGAUGCAUACCUCUCAUGACUCCUGUGGCAGCAGCAGCAGUGAUGCAAUCGCUACUGGCAAACCUUGUGGAUGGCCUGCCACCAGCUUUGCUGAAACUGUGCUGCUCACAGUUCUCUUCGUGCUAUGAGCUGCCCUUGGUACAGUUGAUGCUAACUAUGCAGGGUGAAGUGUGCAAGGAAGCAUGGUGGCAAGAGCUGCAAUCGGAGGUUAUUCAGUGGCUAGCUGAUGGCUUGCACUGCCCCGAGAGCCAACAGGCCUUGAAAAUCUCAUGGUUGGGAUCAGCCUUGUCACAAACGGCUGGCCUGUCCAAGACUUCUUGGCACCUGCUGCCUGUGCCACGAGAUGAAGUUACACAUCAGGGUCUGCGGCUUCAAGCUGCAUUGGCAGCUGGGUUUGAUGCCUGGGGAGGACCUGAACGAAUGCUAGAUGCCAUGAUACCUUAUUUGCGCAUUCUCAAACGGCAUGUUUGCUUGGCACCUGGACAUUUUGGCAUCCAUUUGCUAUUUCAUGUGCUUUAUCGGCUGUAUGCUGAUCUGAGAAAUACGACUGUUGCAGCAUCGUUGACUGAAGAAAUUACACGUCUAGUCAUAAACAUGACUAUGCUGGGACCAUUGUAUUGCCGCAAUCUGCUGAAUUUUCUGAAGUGCAUUGAGACUGGCUUCCCUGAAAGUUCCCUGAGCCAAGUAGUACUGAUGGAAGCUGUGGAUAUGGUGACUGGACAAAGCUGGGAGGACUGUGUCCAGGGCAGUGCCGUGGAAAGCUGCCUGCUUGUACUCACAGCAGCUGUGCAGAAGCCAGGCAAUUUGUGUCGACCAAAGCAACUGUUCCACUUCAUUGAGGGCCUGGUCGCCAACCAAGGGCUCUCUGCCCACCGUGGAUGGUUGCUGGGAAAUAGGCUCAUCGAUCUCUGCUGCAGUGUUGUGCUGCACCAAACAGACCAUGCAAUCGGCUCAGACCUGUGCACAAUCCUGUCAUAUUUAAUGGAUUCUUCAGAAGAUGUUGAUGUCAAGAGUCGGGUCAAGCUGCUGUAUGCGUCUCUUUCUGCGUUGUCGGAGUCAAAGGCACAACAGCUGCUGCAUUGUUGUAGUCAUGACCCAGUCUUAGACUCUGAGAAAGACUGCAACGUUCUAUCUGAUUUUCCUGUGCCAAGCCCUGUGGCAUGCCCCACAGCCGAGCUUCUGCGACUUGAGAGACUGCUCCCAGACGGCAGCCAUUUGCAGCCAUGUGACCAGGCGCCAUGCCGGGAGGCACAGGGAGGCCGUGGCUUGUGUCUAGAUGAGCUACAGAAGUACAGGGUCUUCCUGGAGUCAGUCUUUGAUCACGUGGUCAGCAUCCCUUGCAGGAUUGUUUUGGAGUCUUCUGAACCUCGUUUUGACUGUUUGUUGGGGCUGCAACUGAAUCUGGCCCCUCCUGAAGGCUGGGGUACUGCACAAGGUUUAGAGGCUUCGGUGUUCUGGAAAAGCGAUAGUGGAGUUACGACAUCAAUUGCGCUGUCACCACAAGCUUCAGUGCCUUGCAGCGUUGCUGUCAGGGCUGAAUUCACAAGCCUGGACAGCUGCAGUCAUGUGUGCUGGCUGGCACCACUGCAAGUCUGCUUUGAAGACCUGCUGCUCCCACUACCCAUUCCAGAGCCUCUUCCUGAUGAGGUUCACCCACCACCAGACACUUACCGGGCUAUGGUCUGGCACAGCCUGUGGGAACAGGUUAGUGGCUUCCCUGAAGCACAGCUGUCAACCCUGCGAUUAUGCCCAAGCCCUCCCAGUCAGCAGCUUUGGCUGCAGCUAUGUGAGGGCCUUGCGCCCUUUGUGGUACGCUGGCAGCCACGCGGAUUACAGGCAGCAUUUGUGGUGCCCAAGAGGACUCAUGUGUUGCUCACCUUGGGAGCUUGUGGACCGCACCUGAUUGCCUCCUUGCUGGUUGAGGACUGGCGGUUAUUGCCUAGGGUGCAGACAUUUCUGCAGUCCUUGUGCACACUCUCCUAGGGUUACUCGCAUUGUCUACACUGUAAAACUGUUGACUUGCACUGCUGUUCAGUUCAAGCGCCUGCUGAUGAGAGCAGAUGACAGAGUGCAGUGUGUUUCUGCCUUUCCCUUUUGUUUAUGCGUGCUGGUGCUAACACGCUGCUAUGAAUGUGUUUACCAGCAUGCCUUGCAAACAAUUGUACAGUUGAUAGAUUUUAUAUGAAAUCUCUAGUUUUGGAAUAUUCGUAAUGUACAGGAAAGUUUGUGUAGUCUUGAAAAUAGUGAGAAUACUGUUUGCUACUUGUACUGGCUGACCUUUUUGCUGUUGCUAAUGUGAGAAAAACAUUGCAUGAGGAGUUGUGUAAAUGUACGUGUGGUAUUGUUAGCAGGAGAUAGCUCACAACAAACUACCUUUCACCGUGAAUUAAUAGGAUGGUCUUGUAAUUAUGAGUGACUUAUGCACGGUUGGCAAUGGUAAUAGUUCAUUGUCAAUGUAACUCAUGUUCCAGUCAUUGUUACUUGAACACAGCAUGAAAAUGCAACAUGGGCAAUAAAAAUAUCCGUGUAGAACAAA